AUGGAACCUCAGCUGGACGAAGAGCUGGCGUGGGAUACCGGAUGGACCUGCCCCUCCUGCACUUUGGUGAACGAGAUGGAGUCUAGUAGGUGCGUGGCUUGUGGCAGCCUCCGCAGCUCGCUACCUACUUUUGGCGUGGUGGUGGUGGUUCCACCAGAAAGGAAGCAGAAGAGAGAGGUGGACUCGCAGUGGGCUUGUCCGGCCUGCACGUUGCUGAACGACGAGGGCGAAGAUCGCUGCAGGGCCUGCGGAAGCCAGCGUUGGCUCACCAAGAAGCCGAAGACCGCAGCGGCCCUCCGCGCGGCGCGAAGGGAUUUGUCCAAAAGCGGCUCUUUGGGUCUCAAAGCAUCGGGCCUUGCGGAGGAGCACGGAAUCUGGGGUGGUUUGGGCCCGGAUCGCGAGUUUCUGCCGCUUCCCCCAGCUCCGGAGGGGCGCAGCGUCCACCGCUCUGCGAAAGACACGGACGUGGACAUUUUCGCCGAGCUCCUGGAAGAGGCUUCCGAGAAGCCGAAGAGUGAGGAGAAGGAGACUUCGAAGGAGCCGGAGCCCCAGAAGGAGGAGGCUUCGAAGAAGGCGGAGGAGGAAAAGGAGAAGGACCACCCCUUGCUGGGCCCUUCGAAGUCCUCCGAGCCCGUCUUGCCGGCCUGGCGGGUGCAGGGCGCGCCGCUCUUCGCCGGGGAUCCCGCGCCCUCGGAGUCCCUUCCGCUGGGCCUCUCCGAGGCCGACGCCUUCGAAGAUGCCGUGGGCCGCCUCGCUCUGUCGGGCUUCGAAGUCACCAAGUGCCAUCUGGCUCUGGAGGCGGCGGGGGGCGACGAGCAUCUGGCCCGACAGUUUCUCCUGGGCCCGGAAUGA